AUGCUUGGGAUCCGCCUCGUCGCCCUCGUGGCCAGCAUCGCAACCGUAGCGAAUGCCGCUCCUGCAGCCCAGGGGGACGAUCCAGCCUGCACAAAGUGUGAAGACUUUGCCAACGACUGUGGAAGAUGGUACGGCGGCUGCUACAACACUUGCACAGGUCCCGUGCCCAUCUACGCAGUACCAGAGUGCCCAUGCGAUGACAACCCCUCGGAUGGCAUUCAACGUCCAGAUGACUGCCCUAAGCCAAAGCCGGGAGAGAAGUGCGAGUGGUACUACAAUGAGUGUGGUGCGAGAUACGGUGGCUGCUAUCCCGAGGCUGGGCCUAUUCCAGGAUGGGCUGCUCCAGAGUGUGUUAAGACUGAUGACGGUGGGCUGCCGCCUGCGCCUGCACAGCAGUAG